AUGAAAGGCAAUAGCGUCGUAUCACCCGGAGAAGUCGAUAAUAAAGUGACUUGUACACCUGAUUGUUCACAAGCACUUAACAAGGACUCAUUUGUUGCAUACCCAAGUGGUUGUACCAAAUACUUUCAAUGUUUGAAUGGAAAUGCCUUUAUUAGGCAAUGCUCCCCAGGACUCCAUUGGAACGCCAUAUCACACUUGAACCCGGUGAAUAAACCACAACUGAUUCAGAUUCAAUUAACCAGUGAAAUACCGACUUCUUCUCUUGAGCCAUCAGCAUCCUACCUAACUGAAGCACCAGGAUCAGAAGCACCGGGAACUGAGCCAACAGGAGAACCAGGAGUUGAUGCGCCCGGAACUGCUGAAGCAAUUGAAACACCAAUAACUAAUAAACCAGAAACUCAUGCGCCGGGAAUUGAAGCCCCAGAAACAGAAGCACCUGAAACUCAAAUACCUCGAACUGAAGCAUCCGGAAUUGAUCCAAUAACAGAAGUAUCAGGAACUGAAGCACCAAGAACUGCGGCACCUGCAACAGAGGCACCAGUAACAGAAGCACCAGAAACUAAAGCACCAGGAAGUGAUGCACCAGCAACUGCGGUUUUGACCUCAACAAUUGAUCCACGAAUAGAUGUUUCCAUCUCUACCUUUUCUACAUCCCCUUGGCCUCCACAUCAAACAAACGGUUACCUAGAAGCUCCACAAAUAUCUCUGAGCUUUGUGCAAAAUUACAAGAAGCGCUUCAUCAGCAUGGGCUGUACAAGUUUCUCACUAGGUUUGGAAAACACAGAGAUUUUUGCAUCAUGUCCUAGUGGACUGUUUUGGAGCCAGGAUGUGUUAGCUUGUGAUGCAUUCACGAAUGCUGAUUGCAUAAGUCAACGAGAGAUGUCCUAUAAUAUCUGA